AUGAGAGAAUUAAUAAGCGAAGCAAGUAAAACAGUGGAGGAUUCUCAGACCGCACAAGCCUUGCACGGCCUGCUCAGUUUGAAAUCUCCUGAAUGUUCCGAUUCCGAUAAUUUAGUGUCAUCGUUAACCAAGCAACCCAAUAAACUUGUGCGGUUUCAAUCGAAGAGAGUAAUUGUGACUAAAGAUCAUCGAAAAAAUAUUGAUCCUAAAAAAUCAGGUCAAGUUGCAGCAUCAGAGGAUUCUUCGUUUACAGGGUUAUCAUACAAAGCAAUCAAGCCGAAAAGUUUACCAACUCAGAGUUCUACCAGUAAAAUACCUGCUUCAGACAAUACGAUGAAAAUUAUUUUAUCAAACUCGCAAGAAAAUCAACCAACAUCAAACUUGAUGCCUGAUAACAUAAUUUCCGUACCAUCUACUUCACAAUCUAAUGUUUUACCUGUUCAGUUGCUAUCAACGUCAAUAGGGAUGGUGGCAAUUCCAACUUCGUUUACAAUGAACCUAGCAAAAAAUAAUGAUGAAAACUUUUCAAAUGUUUCUUUGAUAUCUAGAACUUUUAACACAAAAUUAAAUUCUGAGAAGAGAAGUUGCAAUCCUGUCACAUCUUCAAAUCAAUUAAUUUUUAAUCUGAACGUUGGAGAACUGCUGUCGUCGGACUGUCCAACAGAAGCUAAGAUUUCUUUGGACUCGUUAGAAUCAAAUUCAAUCAAUUUUUCUUAUAAGAUGACAUCAAAUUUAUCAACUUCGAGUGAAAUUUCUGAAGAACUCAAUGCGUUAUCGUCAAAUUUAUAUGAUGAAGACAAAGUUUAUUCAGAAAUUCAGCAAGCAUUUUCUAAAUAUAUUUUUACCAUUCGGAGCGUUGAAUAUAAGAAAUUUUGCCCAGUGUCUACAACCCCAUGGUCGAAAAUGAUAGAACAACUAAAUGAUUUUGUAGUAAACUUGACCACAUUUGCUGAAAGCAUCCCAUGUUUUAAAAAACUUACUGCUCUAGACAGAAUGAACAUAAUUCAAAAAUCAUCGAUUGAAACCGACACGUUAUUUCUUCAUUAUGGGUACCCACUGACUCAAACAGAAUUGAGUCUUGACCUGCCAUCCGCCUCUUCAUUUAUAGAUCAACUUUUUCAAUUUUCUGCUAGAUUUAACAAUCUGCAUCUUACAGAAAUUGAAACAGGCUUGUUCUGCUCUGUAGUUCUCUGCAUGCCAGGUCAUUUUUUCGUAACUUUUGUAUUGUGA